CCCGCCUUCCAGUCUGCUGACUUGGGUGAAAACUUGCCGACGAGGCCAGGACAACCCCCGGUGGCACGAAUACCUCCGCCGAUUUUGCCAAGACCAUCGCAGCAGACGGGAAGCAGUAGCCUGAGCACUUUCAGGCCAACCUACAGUAGUUCUUUUUCUCCAGGCUAUGGCUCAUAUGGGAACUCUUUUUAUGGAACCUAUAGUCCUUACAAUUAUGGAUAUGGUGGCCUGGGUUAUAAUCGCUUUCGCACGGAUGAUAUCCCUCCCAGCAGGUUUGUUCGGCAGGCUGAAGAGAGCAGCAGAGGUGCCUUUCAGUCCAUUGAAAGUAUUGUGCAUGCAUUCGCUUCGGUCAGCAUGAUGAUGGAUGCUACAUUUUCAGCCGUGUACAACAGUUUCAGAGCUGUGCUAGAUGUAGCCAAUCACUUCUCCCGCCUCAAAAUACACUUCACAAAGGUGUUUUCAGCUUUUGCUUUAGUGAGAACUAUAAGAUAUCUCUACCAACGCCUACAGCGGUUACUAGGUCUACGGAAGAGCUCUGAGAAUGAGGAUUUGUGGGCUGAGAGCGAGGGAACGGUGGCUCGUGCUGGUAUUGAAGACAAGGCAGCCAGCUCUGCAAAAUCCUGGCCUAUUUUCUUGUUCUUUGCUGUUAUACUGGGAGGUCCCUAUCUGAUUUGGAAACUGCUUUCUACAUACAGCGAUGAAGAAACAGUUUCUAGUAACUGGGCAAGUGGAGAAGAUGAUCAUGUAGUUGGAAGAGCAGAGUAUGACUUCAAUGCUCUUUCAGAAGAAGAAAUUUCUUUCCGUGCUGGUGACAUGCUAAAAUUGGCACCCAAAGAACAACAACCCAAAAUCCGUGGUUGGCUUUUGGCUAGUUACGAUGGCCAAACAACAGGACUUGUGCCAGCUAAUUACAUCAAAAUACUCGGCAAAAGGAGAGGUAGGAAAACAGUGGACCUGGAAAAGAUUGCAGAGCAACAGUCAGUUUUUACCAGCACAUCAAUUAAAGGAUCCACUGCUCCUGCGGCUUUAGAGGAUCAGGAAGCUGCUUUUGAAUCUGUUUUUGCUGAAACUAAUAAAGUUCCUGUUGCAUCUGAUCCCACUGUGAUCAGUGGAAAGAAACAGGAACUUUAAUGCACUUUGAUCAGCUUGGUAACAGAGCGAUGUUUUAUUGAUAAAACUCUGGUAUGUUGAAAAUCUGUAUGGUAGUGGAACACUGAUGGGUCUCUACUAGUUACUGCUGCUAUUGGCUGGUGAAAGGACAAAGAAAUGAUUGCUCAAAUUUAUAAUAUUUAUUUUUGAU